UAAGUAAGCUAAAAAGUUAUAUAAAAAGAAUAAUCCAUGCGGCACAUUUAGCAAAAUUCCAUAGUUUAAAAUAACAGAGUUAAUUCGUGUCGACCUUGAUUAUAAGUAUCUACAGCGAAGCAAUUAAGCUCUAUUGCUGAGAUGAGCUUUACAAAUCUGCAUUCCUAUCCGGUGGAUGGCUAUCAGCGUGUCAGCUACUGCCGGGCAGAAUCUAUGAGGCGUAUCACCGACGAUGGCGACAAUGCGGCCGGCGAUGGCAUUGUCAUCUGUAAGAAUGUGAUAUUGGGAUGCAAGCCCGAAACGGCCGAUGACUUUAGGCCGUUCGUCUUCGAGCCCACGUGGUGUGUGUACAUCAGGGCGGAGGACACCGUCGAUAUGGGACGCUACGUGAAGCGUGUGACAUUUCGUAUGUCACCUCGUUUGCCGCUGCGUCUGCACGUGGCGGAUAGCUCGCCCUUCGAGAUCACCGAAGUGCUGAGCACAGAUUUUCCGUUGGAGCUGCAAGUGGACUAUGUGGACCCCACCAUGUCGCCCACAACAUAUUUGUACAAGCCGAACGAUGCAUUCGAUGGCAAAUACAACGUGGAUCUGCGCAUGACUUUCCAGGGUCACGAGCGUCGGGACAAAAUGUUCUUUAUGAAUCCAUCGCAAGCUACGCAGCUGACCCUAACAACUCCGGGGCCGCUGCUAACAACGCCCGCUAAAGCAAAACUGUACUCAGCUCUGUCACGGGACACAGAGAAGGUAACCAAGAAGCAAAAACUAAUCAAGUUGGCCACAUCCAGGACGGAGGAGACGUCAGACGUUGUGAGCCCGUUUAUGUCGCCCUCGGCUCCCAGGCCCAUAUUCAAUGUACGCCAAACCCCAGACAAGCCUUAGAUUCGUAUUCCACUCAC